AAUGGAAAUUGGAGUUUAAAAAUAAACAUAAGAGGAAAAGUAAGUAUAACCAGAGCAAUUUAAUAAACUUGAUGAUAGUGGUGAUAAAAAGUCAACAGGAUAUUGUGGAUUUCUAACAGUAGAGUAAUACAAUAAUUCUAAAAUAGAUAUUAUACUCCUUAUUUCAAUGUUACAGAAACAGAUGUAAUUCAAAGAAUUUAAGCUACAUUCCUUCCUUUCAGACCAGAUUUUCUUAAUAUAACUAAAGAUAAUCCAGAUUUGUAAUAUAUAUUGAUUUAAUUUACUAGAUGGGGACCAAUAUGGAUCAAUGCUACUUUAAUUUUCCUGAUUACAGCUAUAGCUAAUUUGAGAUAAAUAGAUUAAGAAAAAGAGAACCAAUAAUUUGACGUUGGUUAUGUUCCUUAAGCAACAGCUUUGUUAUACAUAAUUGCAUUUGGAACUCCAGCUAUCUUAGCAAUUGUAAUGAAGAUCUUAGGAGUUGACUUAAGUUUCUUCUAAACUAUUUGUUUAUAUGGUUACUCCAUGUCAACAUUGUUGCCCAUCACAAUUCUAUGUUAUUUUUAGAAUGAAUUGUUUUUGUGGUUAAUUAUUGUAUAUGGAGUUGGAAAUUCAAUAUUAUUCUUAAUUUUCAAUUUGAAAGAGUAACAAUAAAUACAAUAAUAUUAUUAGAGAAUUAGAUAAAUUAUAGAUUCAGAAGAAGUAUAUCAUAAUAGGCAUUGUAGUUAUAAUGCAAUUGUCUCUCUACUUAUUUUAUAAAUUGGUCUUCUUUUCUUAUGUAUCAGAAGGAAAAGUAGAAGCCAAAGUUGCUUCAUCAGAUUCAAAAAUACCAGGAAAUUGA